AUGUCAGCUGCAGUCCCCACCAUCCGCGCGACUUCAGAGCGCGUCGCAGAGCUCACGGAAGCUCUCACAGAGAUCAGGCAGCGCGUCGCAGCAGCGAGCGCGAAAGCCGCGAAGCCCACAGGCAAACCCGUGCUCGUCGCGGUGUCCAAGUACAAGCCCGCGGGGGACCUCCUUGCAUGCUACGACGAGGACCAGCGCGACUUCGGAGAGAACUAUGUGCAAGAGCUCGUAGACAAGGCCGCACAGCUUCCCCAGGAUAUCCGAUGGCACUUCAUAGGAACCCUGCAGUCUAACAAGGCCAAGAUCCUCGCCACCAUCCCGAACCUCUACGCCAUCCAGACCGUCACCUCCAUCAAGGCCGCAUCCGCCCUGAACAAGGCGCUCCCCGCCGACCGCGUCGCCCCGCUCAACAUCCUCCUCCAAGUAAACACUUCUGGGGAAGACGCGAAGUCCGGGGUGCCCCCGCUCUCUGCCGCCAUGCCCGAGGCCGAGGUCGACGCCGCGGAGCUCGUGCAGGUCGCACGCUUCGUCGUGGCCGAGUGCCCGCGCCUGCGCCUGCAGGGCCUCAUGACGAUCGGGGCGCUCGCGGAGUCGCUCGCGGCGGGCGCAAAGGAGAACGAGGACUUUGCGCGCCUCGUGGGGACGCGCGACGUGCUCCAGGCGGCGCUCGCGCGCGCGGGGUUCAGGCCCGAGGAGGGCAGGUGGGGCGAGGACGGCCGGCUGCUGCUGAGCAUGGGCAUGUCGAGCGACUUCGAGGCCGCGCUCCAGGCGGGCAGCGAUAUCGUGCGUGUCGGCACGGGUAUCUUUGGCUCGAGACCGAAGAAGGAAGAGGUCAAGGCGCAAUGA